AUGCGUGAUUAUCCUUCUGUGCCAAAUGUUUUUCGUGUGGCUUCCACACAAAGCAUCAACAACAUGGGCCUAUCGCUAGCGCCCAGCACCAGCAGCGGUAUACAGCAGCAGCAGCAGCAGCUAGGCAAACAUCAGCUAACCACCAGUGCAUCCAUUGAGCGCACGCAGCCACAUUCGCCAUAUGCAACGCUGCCACGCCAACGUCAGCUCGCACAGCAGCAGCAGCUGCAGCUGGGCGUCAUCAACACCAUAUCGGGCAGCAUUCCAGCCACUGGCUAUCGAGCUGGCAGCUUUGGCGAUCUGGGGCGCACAAAUGUCAGAAACACUUACCUGUGGCUGCUGACACCUGUUGCUGCCAGCAUCUCGGUUGCAAUUGUGCUGGCAGCCAUUGCGGGUCCCCAGUGGCUUUUCACGGAGGAAAAGCUGCCCAAUGUCAAUUAUAAUGGCACGGCCAACUUUAAUGCACUCGACGAUGGCGCGUUUGUAACCAAAUAUACCAAAUCCAGUUUGUGGAUUAUUUGCAGCACAUUGCCAGGCAACGACGCUGAGGCAUACAACUGCAUUAAAAUUGAUUAUUUUCCCAUGGACAGCUAUCAACCGGAUAUGCACGAUGCUACGGCUGCAAUACCCUAUACCGUAACUCGAUCCUGUCCCAUCUUUCUGGCCGCUGGCAUCUUUCUGGUCAUCAGCUUUAUCAUUUUUCUUAUACCCACCUGUUCGCAUAAGGGAAGUUUGUAUUAUUUCAGUGCCGGCAUUUUGUUCAUCGUUAGUGGACUCGUUAUGCUGAUUGGACUCAUUGCUUAUAUAUCCAUAUUGAAAUCGGAGAUUGGCUCCAAGCUGCGUCCGCGCUCGUCGCUGCAGCCGGCGCUAUUCAAAGUCAGCUAUGGCCAAAGCUUUUUCCUCUUUGUCUUUGGCUUCAUUGCCACCGAAUUCGUGGGCGUGCUCAAUAUAUUUCAGUACAUAAAUCUGCAGGAGUUUGCCAACUACUACAGCGUGCGCGAUGAGGCGCAGCUGCCGGACUCGCUGCGCUCAUCCACGCGCUCUCUAUCGAUUCUGGCUCAGCGUUUGCCCUGCUUUAGCGCCAGGAGUUUGCAUGUUAGAUUCAAGGAUGACGUUGCUCAGCAGUCGACAAGCGGCAGCUCCUACAGGCGCUAUGGCCAGCUGGGCACAGCUCAGGGUGAGGUGCUGGCCUCACAGGCGCCAAGCGCUCUGCCGCCGCCGCCGCAGCCGCAGCCACAGCCGCUGCCGCUACGUCCUUGUCUCGUUCAGAGCUCGCGCACCAGCAAUGCGCGACUGCAUCAGGUGCAUGCGGCUGCUACUGCUACUGCUGCUGCUGCUGCUGGGCGUGCCACUUUGCCCGGCGGCUAUGCUUGCCGCAAGCAUCCCAACUUGGCUGCCAGCAGCAGCUUCGGUGGCUCCAACUUGAAUCUUUAUACGCACAACGAUCUGGAGCGUCGCUUCUUCUUCGAAAAGCCCCAAGUGUCCAAGUGCAAUCUACACGCGCGCAGCUUUGCCAAGUCGCUGAACGAGCUCUGCAUGGAUCCAAUGGAAGCAGCAGCAGCUCCACUACCGCCGCCACCCACAUUCGCCGACUUGCCGCAAGAGUUUCCCCUGACGCGCUCCGUCUCCACCACAACCGAUAUCUAUACCAACACUACGAGCAGCCAAAUGCAACGCAAGCAGCAACGCAACAUGGCCACCAAUACGGCCAGAGAUCAGCAUCUGGAUCUGGAUAUGGACCUGGAUCAGGAGACAGCUCGCCUGUGCGGCUUGAAGCGCGGUCUGCGCAAGACCAAGGACGAGCUCUUCCAGGAGUUUUGCAAGCGCGCCGGCGGUCAGCGCACCAAGCCCAAGAAUAUCUACUACAUCAACAGCGAAGAGUCCGAAUCGAAGAUUGACAUCGAUAAACAGUCCCUGGAUGACAUAGAUGGCGAUGAGAAUGGCUUUCGACCGCAUCCGCAGUUCCGUGCACCGAACAACGUUGUCUUGGAUGGCGAUCAUCUCUAUGUAGUCGGAGAUCCUGCUCAGCUGCUGCAGGCUCGUCGCGGAUCCAUGUGCAUGGACACGCUGCUUGGGCCAUCCUCGUCCGCAAUGCCCUCCACAUCGAUGCGUAGACUCAACUCGAAUCUGUCGCUGCAUGUGCCGCAGUCAAACGAAGCUUUCCAAUGGGGCGCCAAUGGCUUAGCCUCUGAGCAUGGCCAGAGUCGCACAUUGCCGCGCUGCUUUCUACGUCAACCGAUUGGCAGCCAGGACAGCCUCAGCAUUGGCUCGCUCCAGAGCAACUUUAGCGCCAGUCAGCAGCGGCUCGCUCAGCUGCAGCAGCAAUAUCAACAGCAGCAACAGAAUCGGUAUCUAUCCAACUUGGCUUUGUCGCGUGCUCCACAACAACAACCAAAACCAGGGCUAACCAAUGAGGAGCUAUUGUUGGGUGCUGUCCAGCCGCCGCUGCAGUGGCCAGCUGCCAUUCCUUCAUCGCCGUCCAACUAUGGCCAUAACUAUCCAACUUUGCCGCAGCCGCUCUACAGAUCCAUUUCGCCGGCUCCACCGCUCUAUGGGCCAGUCUCGUUGCCCUUGCCCAUUUCCGUUGCCGUCUCUGUGCCCAUUUGCACCAGCACUGUAAGCAGCACACAUGCUCCAAAAUUUCAACGCGCCUACGCUUUCGAUGAGCGUCGUUCCAGCUUUGCCAUGAGCGAUGCCUUUGACUUAGACGAAAUGGAGCGCGAACGUCGUCGCUCCCAUGCGAGUCUCUUCGGUAGCAUGACACAGGCACAGCAAUCGCGUCCAGAUCCAUAUGAUCACAUCCAUGGUACAGCCGUCUAAGCGUGUAAGCCACAACUCUUAACUCUCUCCCAAGUUCAAUUGCAAGUCCAUUGACGCAAAGUUCUUUCAAAUAUUAAUCCGCAUAAUCUAAUCUCUGCUGCUUUUUGUGUAGUAGUAGUUGUUGUUGUAAUCUAAAGUGCGUUUGAUUACACAAUAUAUUAAAUUAAUACAUAUUAUAUAAUCAAUAAGU